GAUUACUUCCGCGCAUCUGAGCAAAACAAUCGAAAUAAGGAAUCAAUAACACUUUAAAAGGCUACAAAUAAUGUAAAACCUGCCUAUCUCCGAGAUACCUCCAAGCGGAGAACUGCUGCGUUUUAUUUUGUUUAAACAGGACAACGUUUCGGUUUCUGAGCUGUGUUGCGUUUUCAAAACCCACUAAGCCCAACACAACUGGCUUUUCGAAAACCAAAUUAAAUAUAUUAAGUCAACCAAACCACACAAGUAUUUUUUAGAUCAUUUGCAAAUUCGCAGCAGGAGAGAUCUUAAAUGCUGCGAGGAUAUCCUUUUGAAAAACAUGCGGUCGAUACAUUGAAAUGUUGUGGACUGUGCUGACUGGGUCACGCGCGCGACAUUAAAUUUGUGCCAUUAACAUCGCCGGACUAUUAUUCCUCGUGCUCGUUCUGUGAUGUCACAAUCACUCGCACGUCAUGUAAAAUUCAGAAGGCCAUCUCCACAUUUACUGAGAUUGGAAAUCAAGCGCGUAUGGGGACGCAAAAGGAACUCGAACAAGGAGGCCUGUGAGCCGGCGCGAGGAAAUAGGGAGGAUUUUAAUUCCAUUUAGGAAGAUGAAGACUUCGAGUGAAUGGUCAACACACAAGUAUCGCGAAUCCUCAGUUUCAGUUUGCUUUUGUUAUAAGAAUCCACAAAAUCUCAAGAAAUGAGCGAAGUUCGCAGCGACGAUGCAGAGGGCACGCUGCGAAGUGCGUCUUGUAAAUCGAUCGACAAAUUGCAAACUGAUUCGGAGUGUAAGGAAACAAGGGACGCAAAACAUGAUGAAAUAUCUUCCGCGCCCGAAAAUCAAUCAGAAGAUACUUCAGCUAAUGGAAAAAGAGCUAGCGGAUCCUCUUAUGAAACGGAAAAUUCAAUUUUGUCAUCGCAUUUGAGUCUGCAAGCACUCCAGGCACUGAACGACGCAAGCGCGCAAGACGACGAUGAAGUGCGAGGAACGGAGGAAAUAGGCCUUUGCGAACAAGGGUCGUCAAACGAAAUUUCAGUGGAAGGAAAUCCUGUGGCUUUUCGUGAAUUCGACUCAACUUGCAGUAGUCCUCUUCUAAAUGGCCGCGUUGUGAAUAACGAAGAUGCGCAUAUCACAACAGAAAAUCUACAGGAAACUAUUUCGGAAAGAAACAACCACCUAACGAAUAGAGCAUCUAGGAUUUUCUCGUUCCUCGGUAGGAAACUCCGCACAUCAUCGUCAAACGCAAAAAGGACUAAUGGCGAUGUUAUUGUUACAAUUGACGCCGAGGAACUGACUGUCCUUGAUCCCCAAGCGAAGCCAAAACCGUCUUUUAAUGACCGUGUGAAAGUCUGGUUUCAGCCCAUGGAUAACAAAAUGAACAUGAAGGUUUUUGGAAGCAGGAAAGCUAUGGCAGAUGAACUCGUACGAUUCAGAAAAGCUGGAUGGAUUAUACAUCCGACAAGCGCCUUCAGGCUCUAUUGGGAUCUUAUGAUACUUUCCUUAUUGAUCGUCAAUAUGUUUGUUCUACCAGUCGCCAUUGCAUUUUUUAAUGACGACAUGAGUCCUUCGUGGAUCGCCUUUAACAGCAUAUCUGACGGAGCGUUUCUGUUGGACAUUGUUUUGAACUUUAGGACUGGAGUGCUUGUUCAUGGCACUCCCAACAAGUUUAUCCUUGAUCCUAAGAAGAUAGCUAUACGGUAUGCAAGGACGUGGUUUUUGAUUGAUCUUGUGUCCUCGUUUCCGUUUGAUUACAUGGUGUCGUCGGCGACCAGCUCGGGAUCCGGCCGACUCUUAGGCGCAUCCAGGGCGUUACGAAUUCUGCGCAUGGCUAAACUACUUAGUCUACUGCGCCUGCUCAGAAUAUCGCGUCUUGUACGUUAUGUUCAUCAGUAUGAAGAGAUUCUGAAUGUGACUCGCUCAGUAAUCCGGUUUGUAAACCUGAUAAGCCUGAUGAUGCUAGUAGCGCACUGGAAUGGCUGCAUGCAAUACCUCGUCCCAGUCCUCGACGACUUCCCGGACGACUCAUGGGUUAUGAUUCACGGCUUACGGGACAAAGCAUGGACCGAGCAAUAUCUAUGGGCGCUUUUCAAGGCCUUGUCGCACAUGUUAUGUAUUGGCUAUGGUCGUCAUCCGCCACAAAACAUCCCUGAGACUUGUGUGACCAUAUCUAGCAUGAUGACUGGUGCGACGUUUUACGCGUUGUUCAUUGCUUAUUCCAUCAAUGUCAUUCAGACCAUGGACUCGCCUGGUCGCAAUUAUAGGGAAAAGAUACAACAAAUCGAGGAGUAUAUGUCCCAUCGAAAACUGCCUGUUAAUCUCAGAGACAAAAUUACCAAAUAUUACGAGCACCGAUUUCAAGGAAAACUGUUCGACGAGGAGAAAAUUCUGGGUGAAGUGUCUCGACCAUUGCGAAAGGCAAUCGUCAAUUAUAAUUGCCGAGAGCUUCUGCGUGCUGUGCCUUUCUUUUAUGACGCUGAUCCCGACUUUGUGUCGGCUAUAAUAACAAAAUUAGAGUUCGAGGUCUACUUGGAAGGUGACGUCAUCAUUCGUGAGGGAGAACUGGGAACGGAGAUGUACUUCCUUAAAUCGGGCAUCGUGAGCGUGAGUUGUGAUGGAGUAACCACUGACGAUUUGACUGAUGGCUCAUACUUUGGAGAAAUCUGUUUAUUAACCAACGCUAGACGCACCGCAAGCAUUACAGCGAAAACUUUGUGCGACAUCUUCAUUCUACACGCGGAAGACUUUAGAGAAGUGGUCGACGAAUAUCCGGAGAUGCGUCAGGUCAUGGAGUCAGUUGCAAGUCAGAGAUUGAGCAGGAUGGGCAAAUCAGUAGACUUUUCGUCUUGUCCGUCCAAGGAGCUCCUGCUCGCAAGGCUACAGAGCUCCCGAGCCAGUAGUAUUUGUGGCAGCUGCUCAAAUUUGCUUCAACCGCGGGAAUAUAACCCAGAGAUAGUAAUUACUAGGGACUUUAAAACAGACUGUGACAUGAGUGAUAAUGAAGUCACUUGAAAGGACUGUUUUAAAACGACUAUUCAAUUUUUGAAGGCUGUGUUUUUAUUGGAAAAGAAAAUGUGUUUUUCCGCAACUUUCUUUCGACGAUUUGAGCGAUGUAGAAAUAUUUUCAAGCUUGAGUAUAGAUUAAGUUUGAUGUCAGUCAAACACGGGUUAUGCAAAUGACUGCAGUUGAAUAUAGGUGGUAUGUCAUUUUUUAGCCCAAUUGAAUUGUUAAUGGCUAGGAAGGGAUCUUUUGUGUUUAGUAGACAGUAAUACCAUUAACUGGUAAGGCAAUUUAAGGUCCCUCCAACCCGAAGGAAGGAAAAACGUUUCUAUUUUGUGCGCGGGAAAAUUCGUUUUAUGUAAUGAAUAAAAGUAUUCCUUACAUUUGUUUUGGAAGUAGUUUCAGUUUGAUUGUAUAGGUGUAUUAAAGCAUUCUAGCUGCAACUUAAGUCAAGUUAAGGCUUGCACGACACAAGGAUCAUCAGAUAAUUCACUACUGCAUGAAAAUCUUUUUCCAUAGCCUGCUUUUUUACUGGUAGUAAGCGUCAGAGAACGGACCAAAGGACCAAAAGCAGGCCAGGGAAACACUGGGAACGAGAUUAAAUUUCGCGACGGUUAAAACUGGGAUGAAACGCAUGCGCAGCAGAAAAAAGUACUUACCGCUUUCUAUUUUUCUCUUACCGUUUGCGGAAGUUCUAACUGAAUGUUAUCCAAAAGCUAUUUUAAUUUUUUUUAUUAGCCUAUGUACAGAAGCUUACAGAGUUACAGAAACGUCAAAUUCU